AUGCUGUGUCUUCUUAUUGGUUUUAUAAUAAUCCUUUAUAUCUUCUAUCGUUUAUAUCAACAUUUUUUUCCAACACCAAACAUUAAUCCUAAUGGUAAAUAUGUUCUUAUUAGUGGUUGUGAUAGUGGAUUUGGUCAUGGAUUAGCUAUUGAACUUGAUAAACAAGGUUUCAAUGUUCUUGCUGGUGUUUAUAUUUCUGAUAAUGUUGCUUCUCUUAAAGAAAAACUUUCAUCAAAAGCUACAGUUUUUCGUCUUGAUAUUACUAAACAAGAAGAUAUUGAUAGUGCAUUUGAAUUAGUCAACAAGAAAACAAAAGUUCUUCAUGCACUUGUUAAUAAUGCUGGUAUAGGUGUGACUGGUCAUAUUGAUUGGACAUCAAUGGAAGAUAUGCGUAAAGUUAUGGAUGUAAAUUACUUUGGACAUGUUGCAAUGACAAAGAAGUAUUUACCUUUACUUAUUGCUAAACGUGAUUCACGUGUUGUUAAUAUUUGUUCUGCAGUUAAUUACAUAACAUUACCCAGUGGAUCUGCUUAUUGUGCAUCAAAAUAUGCCUUUGAAUCAUUUUCGGAUUGUUUACGUCGAGAAAUGGCUCCAUGGGGUUUACGUGUUUGUAUUAUUGAACCUGGAUUUAUGCGAACACCUAUUCUUGAAUCAGGUCCUAAAUCAUUUUUGGAAUUGUGGAAUACGCUUACAAGUGAUGUUAGAGAGAGAUGGGGCGAAGAUUUUCUUAAAACGGGAUUUAGUACCAUAAAACAGAACCCAUUAUACAAACAUGCUGAAGAUCCUAUGAAAGUCAUUCGAGUUCUUCAACAUGCUGUUAUGAAUACAGAUCCACAUAUUCGUUAUCGACCUGGAUGGCAAUCAAGUCUUAUUUUCUUUCCGAUUUCGAAUUUACCUACUUGGAUUGUGGAUUGGAUUUUCAGUAAAUUAGAUAAAUCACCACAUAUUCCUGUAUUUGUUUCUCAACAACUUAAAGACUAA